GCACAAAAGCAGACAUUACUACUGCCUUAGAGGAUGAGCUCUACAGUGCACGGUCUUCAUUCGAGCAGGCCCGCUUUAAUAUGGUUAAUUCGCUUUCGAAUAUUGAGGCUAAAAAGAGAGUUGAGUUUCUUGAGGCUGUUAGUGGUACAAUGGAUGCACAUCUUCGCUACUUCAAACAAGGAUACGAGCUAUUGCAUCAAAUGGAGCCUUACAUCCACCAGCAAUCAAGAGAGAGAUCCAACUAUGAGCAUACGGCCCUCACGGAGAGGAUGCAGGAAUUUAAGAGACAGAUUGAUAGGGAAAGUAGGUUAUCUUCAAAUGGGUCAAAUGAAUCUCCAAAUGGUGAUGGUAUACAAGCUGUUGGUAGGAGCUCUCAUAAAAUGAUCGAGGCUGUAAUGCAGACUGCUGUCAAGGGGAAGGUCCAAACCAUUCGACAAGGUUAUCUCUCAAAGCGCUCAUCUAAUCUAAGAGGUGACUGGAAAAGAAGAUUCUUUGUGCUCGAUAGUCGUGGGAUGUUGUAUUACUAUCGUAAGCAAUGGAGCAGGUCAUCUGGUGCUGGAGUUCAUUCUGGUCAGAGGAGUCAUGGCUCAUCAGAACAGAGUUCUGGAUUGCUGAGUCGUUGGUUCUCCUCUCACUAUCAUGGUGGAGUACAUGAUGAGAAGUCUGUUGCACGCCACACUGUGAACCUCCUUACUUCUACAAUAAAGGUCGAUGCAGAUCAGUCAGAUUUAAGAUUCUGUUUUAGGAUAAUUUCACCAACGAAAAACUACACAUUGCAGGCUGAGAGUGCAAAUGAUCAGAUUGAUUGGAUUGAGAAGAUAACUGGUGUUAUUGCUUCAUUACUUAGUUCCCAGUCACCUGAUAAGCAUCUCCUUACUAGCCCCAUGAGUAGUGGCCAUCAUCACACCGCUAGUGAGAGCAGUUCGUUCGACAGCUCGACAGAUCUUGAUCAUGUAGCAAUAGAAGAGUCUUUGUUUGAAAGGAAUUGUGGUACCGGAGCAUCACAACAACAUAGGUUCAACAUUAAGCACGAAAAGCCAAUUGAUUUGCUGCGAAAAGUCAGCGGAAAUGAUGUUUGUGCUGAUUGUGGGGCUCUUGAUCCAGACUGGGCAUCCUUAAACCUCGGAAUUCUUGUAUGCAUCGAAUGUUCGGGGGUACAUCGCAAUUUAGGCGUGCACAUAUCAAAGGUGAGGUCUCUUACACUUGAUGUUAAAGCAUGGGAGCCUUCAGUUAUUAAUAUGUUCCAAUCAUUGGGUAAUACAUUUGCAAACUCGGUAUGGGAGGAACUCCUUUUCACAAGUAACAGAAAACACGAGGAUGGCUCUGGUUUCCAAAAUAUUGACAGAAAGCAACAUCAUAUAUUAAUCAGAAAGCCAAAGCAUAAUGAUCCUAUAUCAGUGAAGGAGAAAUUCAUUCAAGCAAAGUAUGCAGAAAAAGCAUUUGUUCGAAACCCCAGAAAUGAUCAGUAUCAUCUACUCGCCGCACAGCAGAUAUGGGAGAGUGUUUCUAUGAAUGACAAGAAAGCAGUUUACCAACAUAUAAUCGCUUCAAACGCCGAUGUGAAUGCUGUCUAUGAACAAACGUCUCUCAGCAAUUCAUUGACUCUCGCAAAAGCUUUACUUCUGCAAGAUCAAAUGAGUCCGAUCUUCGAUCGAAGUUCUAGCUGUAAUGUCGGCGAGUCAGAGCACUGGGUUUCUGCCUUGAAUUCGUUCAGUUCGCUGGGUGGAAUUGAAAAUCAAAGCGAAGCAGAUGAGAGCAACGAAGGUUUCUCGCUCCUUCACCUCGCUUGUCAGACUGCGGACAUCGGAAUGAUUGAACUACUGUUGCAAUAUGGGGCUAAUGUGAAUGCUGUGGAUCUGAAGAUGAUGUCGCCGCUUCAUCAUUGCAUUCUGAGAGGUCGGCAUGCCUUCACCAAACUGUUGAUUUCGAGGGGAGCUGAUCCAAACACCACUGACAGUGUUGGUAAGACCCCUCUACAGUAUGCAGUGGAGUCUGGAAACAUUGAUGAUGAGGAUGCUCUUGCUCUACUGGAAGAUUCAAAUAGAUAAUAAUGGCUUCCAUCCAAUUCCCAGAUUUCUCCCUUAUAUUAUCAGAAAAGAUUGCUACCUAUGUUGCAAAUCAGUCCCAGCUUUAAUUUUAAUUACAGAUUUUCGAGCUCUACUACGGCCCGACGUUGAGUCGAAUUAUCAAAAUACCUUGGGAGAAGGUGAUUAUGGUCUUUUUAUCCUUUUUUUUAUUAUUUUUUAUUUGUUGAGGACAGUUUAUGUUUGGUUUGCAGCUUUCUGCAUUGUGUGAAUUGAUGCAUGUUAUCUCUUCCCUAUUUUGAUUGAGUUGGUUUAAUGCCCUGCCUUUGAUUGCUAGACUUCUUGUAAAAAAAGGUUUUUUGUAUAUAAUUUUGAAUUUAUUUGCAAUGCAUUAGUUUGAGGAAUUCUACUGAAA